AUGCAGUUCCCUCGCACCCAUCAUCGCAUGCUCUCGCCAUUCCCCGGCGGCUCCCCCGGCGCGAAUGGCAAGUGUCCCAACUGCCCCGAACCAAAUGCCUCGAUCCCGUCUGUCUCACCACCGCCACCUGGCAACAUCCAGGAGUACUCACCGUUCAUCCGACGUCUGAUACGAGCAUCGAGCGAGCUGUCGGACGCGCCGCAUCGGAGACCUACCAAGGAGGAGCUCCUGAACGCAACCUCGUCGUGGUGGGAGCGUCUGCGCAUCCGGCUCAAGUGGUUCACCAUCCGCGGCUGGCGGAGGUUCAACACGGAUGAUCUGAGCGCGUUCCUUAGUUGGUUCCUCGUCGGCAACACACUUUGGAUCCUCAUUGGAACAACGACGUUCGUGUCUGCAGUCUUCGCCACCCUCAACUCGUUGAGUCUUCAGGAAUACGUUGCGCGAUACAUCUCGGAUUACCUGACAUCCGAGACCGGUGUGACUGUAAUCUUCGAGUCCGCCAUCGUCCCUCGGUGGGGAGCGUCGACCAUCUGCUUCAAGAAUGUCUAUGUCUCGCGGCGUCCACAAGAUCCCGAGGACCCCGAUACGAAGAGCAGGAAGUCGAAGAAGGCUGCAACAGCGGUCCCUCCAUCGCCAGUCCCUUACCUCUCCUCAUCCCUAUCCCCAACAUUCCUCACCCCUCCGCCGGCGUCGCCUAAGGACAACUACACCAUGUUCGACCUCAACUUUGACGAGAUCGAGGUAACGCUCAGUGUCAAGCGGUGGCUGGAUGGAAAGGGCCUUGUGAAGGACGCAAAGGUCAAGGGAGUGCGCGGCGUCAUGGACAGGAGGUCUGUUUGGUGGGACACCUCUAAACCUCUCUCGCCCAAGGACUGGCGGCAUCCUUCGCAUCCGGGCGAUUUCGAGAUGGAGUCGUUCCAGGUCGAGGACUUCCUCGUGACCUUCUACCAGCCAGGCGGGCAGCGGCCGUUCAAUGUGUCCAUCUUCAACGCGCGGUACGCACCAUUUCGGAAGCGCUGGCUGUUCUUCGACAUGCUGGGCGCAGAGGCCAUGACCGGGCAGUACGACAACUGUUUGUUCAGCUUGCACAUGCCGCAGAAGCUCGGCCGCAUGGCAGCCGACAGUGAGAGCUCGUUCAAGCGGAUGGCCCGCUUCCGCAUCGACGGCCUGCCUAUCGAGCACGCACAGUUCGCUUCUGGAAACUCGGGCCCGGUCUCAUGGAUUCUGUCGGGCAAGCUUGACGCCGUCCUCGAUAUCAAGUUCCCUGUCCACCCUGACGAUGAGGUGGACGUGCAGGCGAUCUUCAAGGAGAUUGGCCGCAACGUUGUGACCAUUGCCCUCCAUGGCGAACACCCAUACCGUUACGACGCUGCAGGGGAGAUGGACGACCCGUCGCAGAUCCUCGACACUCUGGCCGCAGCAGAGGCCAGCAACCCGUCAUCCCUCCUUCCCGGGCAGCCGAUGCUCGCUCGUCCACCACUCCGCGCACCCGAGGACACGAUGCCGCUUGAGGAACCCCGUCAGCUCACGAUCGACAUCGACUUGCGGUUCCGCGACCUCAAGGCCGCCGUCCCCGUUUUCACGUAUGACCUGAGCGUCACGAAUAACGCUCUCAUCCGACCCAUCGUCGCGUUCAUCAACGCGAACCGUACACUCGUCCCGAUCCAUUGUCAGGUCGCAGCCAACCUCGUCGACUUCGACGGUUCAUGGACCCUCUUUGAGACGGGCCUGAUGACCAAGAUCUCAGACCAGAUCUACUCUGCCCUUGCUCACCACGUCGCUGCCGAAGGCGCCAACCAGAAACGCCUCCGCCAGGUCAGCCUGUGGGGCGUGCAGCGAGGUGCCGAAGCCCUCGUCGACGCUGUCAGGAGCAUUGUCGACCCCGUCCACGGGCAGAUGGCGGCUGCUGCGUAA